AUGGAUUCUCCGAAUGAACCAGUAGCCUCAGUGAUGGAUAUUCCUCGCAAGAACAGAUUCUUGGCCAGAACACGGGAGAAAUGGGAGCUCAAUCAGUACUGGUAUGCUCCCAGUACCAUAGCCAUGCUAACCAAGGAAAUCGAGGAACAUGCCACCAAAGUUGCUUUCUUAUCAACCCCUAGCGUGUGGUUCUCCCUCGACAACCAAGAAAUAAAACAACGCAGCUUCUUUUUCGAUGUGGAUAUACAAUGGGAGAAACACUCCAACUUUGUGAACUGGAACUACAAUCAGCCCACGCAGAUAGAGGUUAAAAUGCACCACGAGUUCGACUGUGUGGUGAUUGAUCCCCCCUUCGUCACAUCGGAGGUGUGGGCGAAGUAUGCUGAGGCAACCCUUCUGUUGCUCAAAGACGGAGGAAAGAUCAUUCUGAGCACGAUCCCAGAGAAUGCGCAGAUUUUGAAGCAGAUGCUGAAUGUGGAGCCUCAGACAUUUCAGCCUUCAGUUCCACAUUUGGUGUAUCAGUAUAAAUUCUUUACCAACUAUAACUCCACCAAUUUCUCUUCUGUCAAUCCUGAGGUGGAGAGCUGCUAA